GGGUCGCUGUCACUCAGAUCUCAUUACCUACAGCAGAGCUCACCACUGUAAGUCUACCAGUUGACAGAUGAGGAUCUAGACAGUGCUCGAGCAUGUAUCUCAAGGAAUAUCGGAUAUGUAUGCCGCUAUCAGUCGAAGAGUAUCGUAUUGGUCAACUAUACAUGAUCACCAAGCACUGCCAUGAGCAGAGUGAGAAAGGGGAGGGGGUCGAGGUCGUCAAGAACGAAGUGUGCGAGCACCCGGAACAUGGACAUGGCCAGUACACUGAGAAACGAAUACACCUGUCCAGCCGACUUCCAGGCUGGGUGCAAUCCAUUAUUCCAAGAAUCUUUUAUAUAACAGAAAAAGCAUGGAACUUUUAUCCAUUUACCAUCACAGAAUACACAUGCGUGAACCUGUCGGUGGAGGAUCUGAGUGUGCGAGAGGUGGACUACGUGGACAUUGUGUUGGAUGAACUACCUCAGAAGCAUUACAAGGAGGAAGAAGAUCUGAAAACUUUCCAGUCCAAGAAGACCAGUCGGGGCCCCAUGUCGGAAGGCUGGAGGGACUCAACUUCACCCAUCAUGUGCUCAUAUAAAGCUGUCAAAGUCAAGUUUGAAGUUUGGGGCCUGCAGACCAAAGUGGAAUCAUUUGCACAUAAAUCUAUCCGUGAUAUUCUCCUCCUGGGCCACAAGCAGGCGUUUGCCUGGGUCGAUGAAUGGCAUGGAAUGACAAUAGAUGACAUCCGUGAAUAUGAGAACUUAAAACAGAAAGAAACCAAUGAGAAAGUGGUGGCAGGGCUACAAAGACAGAGCUCAAGAGGAUCUCGCAGCUCCAGUACAGACUGACCCAGUGAGGAGCACAAGGGAGAUAACUCUAAUGACUGUCAUCUCUUGAUUAUCAGUGGAUGAUAAGAGUUUGUUCAGUCUCAGACGUCAAGGCAGGGUAGAGAAGAAAUAUAUCGCACAAGACUAAGAGUUCAUGGAAAAUGUUCAUAGGACUUUUGUUAACUUGCACAUUUUUUGUGGUGACAUUUUGUCUCUGUUAGCAUAGCAAGUCUUUUGAAGAUUAACGGAAUGAAGGUCAAGUCUAGCCAACUCAAGAUUUGGACCCAUGUAAUUCACACUUGUACGAACAAGCAGUAAAAUCCCUGAUCAUAGGGCAACAUACAUUUUAGCAUAGCUUCCAUUAUCGAGUCAGAUUGUUCAAUUCUUCAUUCAAUCUCUUUGAUGUUCGCUGGUUAAACUGUUAUGAUUGUUAACAGUUACCAAACAAUGUCCUACGUACAGCUGUAAGGAUGUUUUCCAAGGCCUAUUACUGUUGAAGGGACUUUAUAGCAUAUUUUUAUUUAAUUUUAGAGAAUUCUUGUUGGGAUUUUGUUUGGAAGAUAGACAGUUUUUGUAGGGAGUCUGUAUUCUUUCUUGGCUCGUGUUUCCCUUCAGUAGAUUUUGUUAAGUUGAGUUUUUGCACCUUGUGGCUGAGUUUACCAAUACCAACAUUUGGCUGGUCACUUUAUUAUAGUAAUGUGAACAUAUUUACAAUGCGCCAAAUCUGCGUCAUAAUGCAAGCUGAAAAUAAUACAUUAUUAUCUUGGGCAAUGGGUCAGCAUGUGCUUGAUUUUCAUUCUCGUCUCCCUGGGGAGUAUACAGGUUUGUAAUGCAUAUUAUCAAUAUGUCUAUGAUCUGUUUAUUCAUGCAUGAAUUUUCUUUGUAUUGUGAGCUGUAGUGACAAGUGUACAAGUUUUUGAGAAGUGUACACAAUAUAAAAACUAAUUCUAAUCUAGAACUGGAAACUAAGAUAUGACCUCUGUAAUGAGUUAUUAAUUAUCAGAUUACAUUUACAUGUAGAACAGGACUUUUGAAUUAACCAGUUGAUUAUAUUCAUCUUCAUUGUAUUUACUCUAGGACAUGUGUCUUCAUUUUACUGUUGAUUAAGGUGGCAAGUCUAGGCCAUGUCUCUUUCUUCACCUGUUCAUUAAGGUGGCAAGACUGGGCCAUGUCUCUUUGUUCACCUGUUGAUUAAGGUGGCAAGUCUAGGCCAUGUCUCUUUGUUCACCUGUUGAUUAAGGUGGCAAGUCUAGGACAUGUGUCUUCAUUCUACUGUUGAUUAAUGUGGCAAGUCUAGGCCAUGUCUCUUUGUUGACAUGUUGAUUAAGGUGGCAAAUCUAGGACAUGUGUCUUCAUUCUACUGUUGAUUAAUGUGGAAAGUCUAGGCCAUGUCUCUUUGUUUACCUGUUGAUUAAGGUGGUAAAUCUAGGAAAUGUGUCCUUGUUCACCUGUUGAUUAAGGUGGCAAGUCUAGGCCAUGUCUCCUUGUUCACCUGUUGAUUAAUGUGGCAAGUCUAGGCCAUGUCUCUUUGUUCACCUGUUGAUUAAGGUGGUAAAUCUAGGACACAUCUCUUUGUUUACCUGUUGAUUAAGGUGGUAAAUCUAGGACAUGUGUCUUCAUUCUACUGUUGAUUAAUGUGGCAAGUCUAGGCCAUGUCUCCUUGUUCACCUGUUGAUUAAGGUGGCAAGUCUAGGCCAUGUCUCUUUGUUCACCUGUUGUUUAAGGUGGCAAGUCUAGGACACAUCUCUUUGUUUACCUGUUGAUUAAGGUGGUAAAUCUAGGACAUGUGUCCUUGUUCACCUGUUGAUUAAGGUGGCAAGUCUAGGCCAUGUCUCUUUGUUCACCUGUUGUUUAAAGGUGGCAAGUCUAGGACACAUCUCUUUGUUAACCUGUUGAUUAAGGUGGUAAAUCUAGGACAUGUGUCCUUGUUCACCUGUUGAUUAAGGUGGCAAGUCUAGGCCAUGUCUCUUUGUUCACCUGUUGUUUAAAGGUGGCAAAUCUAGGACACAUCUCUUUGUUUACCUGUUGAUUAAGGUGGUAAAUCUAGGACAUGUGUCCUUGUUCACCUGUUGAUUAAGGUGGCAAGUCUAGGACACAUCUCUUUGUUUACCUGUUGAUUAAGGUGGCAAAUAUACUGAGGAAAAACAAUAAGGGAUCAUAUAAAAGCACAAGUGUUCCUUUAUUUUUUCCAGGUUUCUUCACAAGCGUUGUAUCGCAUAGCAUGGAAACAAAUAAAGGAACACUUGUGCUUCCAUGUGUUCCCUUUUUUUUUUUCCUCAGUAUAUAUGCAGUGCCCCUAGGCGCUUUUACUAAUAAGACAAACAUAGGACUAUUAUUAUUGAUAUGACUUGUUAAUACAGUGUAUUGCACUGUACAGGGUAAUUUGACUUUCAUUUCAAUGCAUUUUAUUUCUCACAAGCUUUACUCAUUAACUGCAUUUAAUAUGUUUGAUCCACAGAAUGUAAUAGAUUUUUAUGUCUUUCCAAGCUAUGUGUAACUACCAUAUGCAAUGUGCAGCUAAAGAUUAUGUUAUUUGUUUGGCCAGGGGUUUCAGAUAGAUUCUACUGAACUACUUAGUCAGAAUGAAUUUUAAACUAAUUUUCCAAAUUUAUUUCAUUAUGUUGAAACCAAUUUACAACUUGUCCCACCUCCAUAUGUUAAAAAAAAUUUCACUCUAGAAUAAUAUCAAAUACCAACAUUUCUGAAUAACUUAUUUCAGUUCUGUUAUUUCUACAUAACACAGCUGAUCGAACAAGGAUUGUUUACACAUAAUCCGUUGGACCAAAUUUAUUUUUUGUUAAGCUAAUAUAUCUGGGCCAGUAUUCUAUGGUACUUGUAGCUAGUGCAGAACAAAAUUGGUACUGGCUGGAUGUCAACAAUGAACAUAGUUAUUAAUUAUUUUCAUUAUUGCAACCCAUGCUUGUCGUAAAAGGCGACUAACGGGAUCGGAUGGCUAGGCUCGCUGACUUGGUUGACACAUGUCAUUGUAUUCCAGUUGUGUAGAUUGAUGCUCAUGCUGUUGAUCACUGGAUUGUCUGAUCCAGAUUCAGUUAUUUACAGACCGCCACCAUAUAGCUGCAAUAUUGCUCAGUGCAAACAAGAAGCCAACCAAGCAUUAUUAAUGUCAAAAUGAAUUAAUUAUCACAAGUAGUUGUGAUAUUUGAUAAGAUUAGUUAAUAAAUAGCAACAUAACUUACAAGUUUUUAUUAAUUUUUGUUAACUUUUGUCAUUGUGAAACACUUUUAGCAUGUUUAAUUGAACAUUUGAAUUAAUUUUUAUGACACAUAGGUAACCUUUGUUUGGUCAUACGGUUCAUGUUUUUUAAGUGAAAGUCAGUCAUGUUUCAUGAAUUCUCACUUUGUAUUUAUCGUUCUGAGUGAAUUGUUUUCUUCAAUCAUUCCAAGUGUUGACAUCAUGUGAUAAUGUUGUUCUGUAAUGUUGUUGUUGUUGUUUUAGUCCUUAACAACAUUAUCAUGGUUGAUGAUAGUAUCGUUACCUUUAAAUUAUUUAAUUAAAAAUUUAUGUCUUAGUUUUCAGUAAAAGUAUUCUGUAAGAAAUAGAAACUAUGACAUCAGGUAAGUACUUUAUUUCAGGGUGGGGGUGGGGAGGAGUUUGUGUUGAUGUAUUGAACAAUAAGACAAACGUAUCACUAAAGUGGUUUCAAGUCCAUUUUGUGUGUAGGAAAUUAAAACUAAUAAAAACAAUGAUUACAAAGUUUCUAUACAUAUUAUGUGUGAAUAGGAACCAUAGUGUAUACAACUCCAUCAAAUUUUGACGAUAACCUCUCUGAAGUGCAGCCAAUUAGGAUUCAUAAGUAAUUAUGCAUAAAUCUACAUUCAGACUAUCUAUUAAUGAAUGAUAUGCAGUGUCUCAAAAUUCUUUAUAUUGAAGGUGCAUGGAGUUUAGAAUUGCUAAAGAUCAUCAUCAAACAAAGGCAAGAGGCUUCCAGAUGUAAAGUAUCACAUGACAAGGUCACAGGAUUUCCUUUCUUGUACACAAGACAGAGGUGUUAUUAAGAUUAAAAUAGAUUUCAAAUGA